AAUAGCCAAAAAAAAGGAAGCUGCAAGGAAGGUGAAGUUUUGCCAAGUGUUGUGAAACAUUGAUUUAAAAUUGCGAAAUUGUGUGAUUUUGGUGGAAGCAAGCAAUGAUGCAACCCAGUGCAAAUAUCGUUCACAUGGAAACGUAUCAGCAAGCGUGGAUUGGAUACCAGUGAAUAAAUGGUUAAGCCACCUUCAGAACAAACAGCUUUCACAUUGGAAUGGACACAGUGUGGCUCUACAUAAGCCUUACACAAAGUCGUUCUAAAAGUCCAUGGUCAUCGCUAAUUGAGGUGUUCAUGCCGGCAUUCGAGAGUAUGUGAAGUGAAUCAAUAUCAGUGUGGACUAACUUACAAUUCAAGCCGGUCACAGUAGGCCAUGCGGCUUUGCUUCAUUUGAAAAGAGGAAAAAAGAAGUCAGCGAUAAAAAAAUCUUCAGUUAUCGAGCGACCUUGACCCAGUUUACACACCGUGCUGGAUUUGGAAGCGAACAGUAGUAUGCUUUCAUUUCGUCGCGUGAAUUAAUUGCGUUUAAGAAUUGGUAGUAUGUAUUCGCGACGCCAAAGCUUUAUCGGAAUUGCGUAAUUGCGAAUCUCGUAGUACUGAUAAACUGUAAUAAAGCUGAAGAAUGCUGCAAAUUGCUGUCCACGCGAAAGACACACCAACAUGUCCAAUCCAUCCGUUGGAGUGGACAGCACCGUCCGGAGUGCUUCCGACAGUGACGAUGAAGGUGGUCUGGUAAUGCGCAUCAACUCGGCCACGUCCUCAACCACCAACGGAGGAACGUUCUCCAAGGUCAGCAGCAGUUCCACCAACGGUAACGGUUAUCUAACGCCCAACGAAAGCUUCCCGUGGAAGCGCAAACAGCUAAUCGACGUAACUCCCAGUGGAAGUCUCGACUUGACGAAACUCUGCAUGCGGCGGAACUCCAGCUACGGAAAACUCCCCUCGGAGAACCCCGAGGCGAAGGUGUUGGUCAUCUACACCGGUGGUACGAUCGGCAUGAUGCGCAACGAGAAAAACGCGCUGGAACCUCGACCGAACGAGUUUGUCCGCAAAAUUCGUCAAUACCCGAACAUGCACGAUGACGCGUAUGCGUCCAAGCGGUACGGUCCCGCGAAGAACAUGGCUCCGUUGGUGCUUCCGUACGUGGAAGGCGAACACCGGCGGAUUCUGUACCAGAUCUGCGAGUACGAACCGCUUCUGGACUCGUCCAACAUGGGCGUGGCCGAUUGGGUCCGUAUCGCCAACGAUAUCAAGCAGUCGUACGAGUUCUUCGACGGCUUCGUAGUGCUGCACGGUACGGAUACGCUGUGCUACACGGCGUCGGCCUUAUCCUUCAUGUUUGAGAAUCUCGGAAAGACGGUGAUCCUGACUGGGUCGCAAAUCCCGAUCUUUGAAACCCGAACCGAUGGGAAGGACAAUUUUACGUCCGCCUUGAUUAUGGCGGGCAACUACGUGAUUCCCGAGGUGUGCGUAUUCUUCAACAGUCGACUGUUUAGGGGUAAUCGAACGAUCAAGGUGAGCAGUGGAUCGCUGGAUGCGUUCAACUCGCCGAAUGCUGCGCCGCUGGCGAAGAUGGGAAUACACGUGGAGAUCGACUACCGGUUGAUCUUCCGGCCUUGCACGGUGGAGAAGUUCAACGUGCAUGUUCAGAUGGACGAGAACGUCGGUUUGCUGCGGGUGUUUCCCAGUAUCUCGAUGGCUACGGUGAAGGCGUUCCUGCAACCGCCGAUGCGCGGAGUCGUUCUACAGACCUACGGUGCAGGGAAUAUCCCGACGAAUCGUCCGGAUCUGUUGGAAGCACUACGUGACGCAGCUGAUCGCGAAGUCCUGAUCGUUAACUGCACCCAGUGUACCGAGGGAGCGGUUAGCGACCUUUACGAAACCGGUAGACAACUUCAGGACAUCGGGGUUAUACCAGGGUUCGACAUGACUCCGGAAGCUGCCCUAGUCAAGUUAUCGUACGUCAUCAGCAAGGACAGUUGGAACCAUGAGACGAAGAAGUUGAUGUUGAAGAAUAAUCUCCGUGGAGAGUUGACCCACGAGAAGACUCCGGAGAUGCAGGAGUACGACCUGAUAGACGCGGUUGCCCGAACUCUCCAGCUAAACUCGGACAAAGAACUGGUUCAGCUGAAAUCUUCCCUCUUCCCGGCCAUGGUGAACAGUGCCGUCCAGGCAGGAGACGUCGCCAAGAUCAACAACAUCAAAGGGUACGGAGCGAACCUGUCGGCAGAGAACUACGAUCGGAGAACGGCCUUGCACGUAGCCUGCUGCGAGGGAAACAUAGAAGUCGUUCAGUAUUUGCUCCAGAAUGGAGCAGCCGUUCACAUCCGUGACCGAUACGAUCGGACGCCGCUGAUGGACGCGAUCCUCAACGAUCACUACCAAAUCAUUCGGUUGCUGCUGAAAUGCGGAGCGCACCUGACCGGAUCGAUCCGAGCGAUAGGCGAGAGUCUGUGCAGCGCAGCGGCUCGGAACCAGAUACACCGGCUGGAGUCCUACCGUAUCGCUGGAGCCGAUCUUUCCCAAGCCGAUCCCACCGGUCGAACGGCUCUGCACGUGGCAGCCUUGUACGCGAACCUCGACAUAACUCGGUAUCUGGUUAAAAACUACGCCGAAGUUAACGCCGUGGACUACCUAGGCCUUACUCCCCUGGACUACGCUACCAAGUCCAACGCCCAACAUGUGAUCGAUUUCCUACUGGAGAAGAAUGCCAAGCGAGGCGAAGAAAUUGAGGAGAUUCCCUUACCAGACUUCCGUGAAUCGUUCGAAUAUUAGUUUGUACUGAUCAAGACCUUUAUUUAGUUUCUAAGAUAAAAUUCGGCUACACUAGUCUAACGAGUGGCCCAUCAACACUA